GACAGACAGUCAUCAAACCAGCCGAAUACAUCCACUUCAACAAACAAGCCCAAAACCACAAAAACGAAAGCAAAAAAAAAAAUUAAGAUCAAGAUAAAGCUCAAGCUCAACAAAAAAGAAAGCAAAGAAAACGAAAUACGAAGAUUGGAAUUUAAAAUUCGAGAAGGAAACCGAUGACACAAACCAAGUUGAAUGAGAAUUAUUGAAACAUGAUCUGGCAAGACGGAUCAGCUCCCCCACAGGAGGACUACAUCUAUCAUCUAUUCCGUAACCAGGCAAGAAGAUUGGAGGGAAAAGCAGGAGGAGAAGGAUUCGAGAGCGAAAGCCAGUCGAUGCUAGCAGCGAUGUUGACGGUCUGGCUGCCAUUAGUCCUGCUGCUGAUCAGCCUACUCUCGCUGGUACGGAUCCCACGAUGGCUGAUCGGCGGACACUUCUUCGGCUCCUUCAUCACCAUCGACGACUUGCCCGACCCCCACCGGCUCGUGAAAAUCGCCCCUCCUCCAUGGAAACAGUCCGUCCUCCUCGCCGGCUCCGCGCUCCUCUUGCCCCCUGCUUUGGCCAGCUUCAGCUUCCAUAUCGUCCAGCUUCCUUCCCUCUUUCAUCCGCUUUCUGCUGCGGCUAUUAUCCCCAUGAUAGUCUGGUCAUACUCCUUAAUCUAUCUCUCCUUACGCACUAUCACUCGCCCAGUCUACUCACUCAUACUGCUCUGGACAUCUCUAGUAGUCUCAGAGGCGGCGAAGAUCUCAUUCUCGAUAGAAGCCGAUCAAGGGCCGUCAAAAUGGAUAAUCCUCUGGAGGGUUCUCAACAUCUUGUUGAUCGUGGGGCUGGUUUACGUAGCCGGUUCGUACCCGAUCCUGGACGUUCUGCCAUGUGAGAACGUAGCCAAACCUGGAGCAUCUCCAUCCUCAGAAGAUACGUGUCCCGAAGACUCAACCUCCUUGUGGCAAUGGCUGUCCUUCUCUUUCCUCGAUCCUCUCUUACAACUCUCUCAACAGAGAACUCUUAAGGAAGAAGACGUCUGGAAACUCUCUCCUUUCUUUCAACACCGAAUCUUGUUUGCUCGAUACCAGAGACUCAUCAAGGAAGAAUAUGCAUCAAAAGAUCGAAAGCUCAGCUUGAUAAGAAUUUUAAUCCGCUCGAAUUCGAUGGACUUGAUCAUCGGCCUGUCUGUAGAAUUAUGGUCGACGGUGGUCGGCUUUGUGUCCACUUAUGCAAUCAAACGGAUCUUAGAUGGGCUCUCAUUUGGAGAUAGGGCGCUGUCAUUCAAGUUUGCGAUCUUACACUUCUUAUGUAACAUGAGUUUUGCCCAGCUGGAUCUCUGUGGAAAAUGGCACUCUAGGAGAUGUUACGAAAGGACCCGCGGCCAAUUGUUCAACAUCCUUCAUGAUAAAGCUCUUAGAAGAAAAGACAUGAGUGGAGUUGUCUUGUCUAAACCAAACCCAUCCGACUCGGAUGAAGCUGACAAAAAUGACCAAAGUCAUGCAAACAUUGGCAAGAUUUCCAAUCUGAUGGCUGGAGAUUCGUAUCAAGUAGCAGAACAGUUCUGGCAUUCUGCGGCGGUCGUAACGAGCCCAUUAAGACUUGUGAUCUCGCUCGCGUUCCUUUACAAGCUCCUCGGUUGGAGCGCUUUCUUUGGCGCGGGAAUGGUCGGGAUAGCCUACUUGUUGAAUUGGCCGUUGAUCAAAUUUGAUGUUAAGUUUUCGAGAGAAUAUUCUCACGCGCGUGAUAAACGGAUGACAAUUGCUACUGAAACUAUUCAAUCUAUUCGUUUUCUGAAAUUCAUGGGAUGGGAAAAUAAAUGGGAAAACAAGGUUCAAAGCUCGAGAGAAUUAGAGUUAUCAUUAAGGAUCAAACAAAUGAUCCUUUCGGCAAUCAUUUCUUUCAUUUGGAUUUUUGUUCCAACCGCGGUCCUGUUGAUCUCAUUCUGGGCCUUCACCUCAGUCUUCCAUCAACCUCUUACCGUCAGCAUUGCCUUCACCUCGAUCUCUCUCUUCACUCAACUUCAAUGGGCGCUCCAGGAGCUUCCUAAUCAAAUCACUUCUUGGUUGAGAGCCUUGGUUUCUGUAAAACGGAUCGAGAAGUUCUUAGCCGAGGAAGACGUACCUGCCUGGGUGACCAGUCUGAGUCGAGGGCAAGAGGACGAGGAUGGCCAACAAACCGAGUUGGAACCUGGCUCGAUUCGCUUCAAUCAAGCAUCCUUCACUUGGCCUCAAUCCGAAGAAUCAAAGAAAACUGAGACGUUCAUCUUGGGUCCUGUAAUGCUGGACUUACCGGUAGGUAAAUUAACCAUUGUCACAGGCCCUACUGGGUCUGGUAAAACUAGCUUCCUGUCUGCUAUCUUGGGAGAAAUGGACUGUAUCGAGGGCUCUGUACUUGUCAAUAAAUCGGACGGUAAGCUGGCUUAUGCAUCGCAGACAGCCUGGUUGGAAUCUGCUACAAUUCGGGAGAACAUUGUCUUCCAGAGCGAAUUUGAUCAAAGUCGAUAUGACGCUGUGGUUGCUGCUUGUGCUUUAACUCAGGACCUUGCCAUCAUGCCCCAUGGUGAUAAGACUGAAAUUGGCGAGAGGGGCAUUAGUCUAUCUGGUGGUCAAAAAGCAAGGAUUUCUUUUGCUAGGGCUAUCUAUUCAAGGGCAAGGAUACUACUAAUGGACGACCCCCUCUCAGCAGUGGACAUGUUCACGGCAAAGAAUCUAGUUGAAACUCUUCAAGGAGAUCUUCUCCAAGGUCGAACAGUGGUGCUUGUGACCCACCAUCUUGGUCUUUGUCAACCAGCAGCCUCACUACUGGUUCAUGUUAAAGGUGGUCAGGUAGAUUAUGCGGGAUCCGCAACCGAGUUUAAAGUUGACCCGACAGAGCUUCUAGAUGACCCAACAACAGAAGUGACCAAGCCUGGCUCGCAAGCCGAAUCAAGCAGCUCCACCAGUCGUCCACAAUCACCCAAGCCCUCCAAAUCAAUGGAACCCGAGGAUGGAUGUGUUGAAGGUGAUGGUCGGUUGAUCGAGAAAGAGAAAAUCCAAGAAGGAAGAGUCAGUGGCUCAACCUACUUGAGUUAUCUCAAUGCUGCUGGUUGGCUUAAUUGGGCCCUGUUAUGUGGAUUGAUGAUCUGUAGUCGGCUGUCGUCUGUUGCUUCUCAAUGGGCCUUAAAACUCUGGGGAGAAGCCUAUCCUCAUCCACCACUUGAGCUUCUUGCAAUCUAUGAUCCUACAAAAGGUUUCCCAAGACCAGAUGUCAAUGUGAAUCCCUGGAUCCAAUUGUAUCUCAUGAUUGGAUUGACUACUGGAUUUGUCAUCUUGGCCGGCUUGGCCGUUGGGAACUUUGCCGAAUUGAGAGCUUCUCGAAAAUUGUUUUCGGCUAUGUUGGGACGUAUUGUCAAGGCACCCACUCGAUGGUAUGAUGUUACGCCGACUGGAAGGAUUUUGAACAGAUUAGUCUCAGAUAUAGACACUGUGGAUUUUGCUCUACAUGAGACUUCUGUUGGAGCAAUCCGAGGAACAAUCGCUUUUCUCAUUUCCUUCAUCGUUAUUAUCUUGGUCGUCCCCACGUUCACCCCAUUUGCACUGUUCAUCGCCUGGCUGUAUAUUCGAUUGGGCCCUAAUUAUAUCAAAACUUCCAGAGACUUGAGGCGCUUGGAAUCAGUAUCGAGGUCUCCCAUGUUCCAAAAUUUUUCCAAUCUCUUGUUUGGGAUUCAAUCCAUUCGUGCUUAUGCUGCUGAAGAUCGAUAUCAAAAUCUUUUCUUCAGUUCAUGUGAUACUUUUCAAACAAUGGACCAUCAUUAUUGGUUGACAAAUUUUUGGUUAAUGUGGCGAUAUGAUUGUUUAGGAUCAGUCGUCGUCUUCUUGACCACCUCUUUUGCACUCUUGUCUGGAGUUAGCGAAGGAUUUGCAGCAAUCAGUGUGGUACAAGCCGAAAUCUUUGCUCAAGCUACUAGAUCAUUAGUUUCAGUCUUUGCACAAUUAGAAUUAGAUUUUAAUGCUGUUGAACGAAUCACGGAAUAUUUAAAGAUUCCUCAGGAAGCACCAUCCAUCAUCGAUAGCUGCAGACCACCCGCGUAUUGGCCCUCUGAUUCGUCGGGCUUGAUUGUUGAAGACUUGGUCGUCAAAUACGCUGAUCACUUACCGGCGGCUCUUAAAUCAAUCUCAUUUGAAAUUAAACCCAGAGAAAAAGUCGGAAUCAUUGGUCGAACCGGAUCUGGAAAAUCCACAUUGGCAAUGUCCUUGCUGAGGAUUCUUGAAGCCACAGGAGGUAGGAUAAUCCUGGAUGGGAUUGAUAUUAGUCGAAUAGGUUUAGAAGAUUUGAGGACGCGUAUUACAAUUGUCAGUCAGGAUGUGACACUAUUUGAAGGGACUGUCCGAGACAAUCUAGAUCCCUUGCACAUCCACAGCGAUGAGGAAUGUUGGGAAGUGUUGAGAAGCUGUGGUCUCGCUAGUACAACGGCAAUCUUUGGAGCGCAUGAGCCAGUAUCAACGGGAGCAGCACCAGCGGCGAAAGAGGGGGAAGAGAGUGAUAGUAAUCCGGCCAAAGUCCCGGCCCAGCCGGCUAGGAUUGCGCUGAAGUCGCUGGACAUGAAGCUCAGUGAGGGCGGGAAGAGCUUCAGUGUCGGCCAACGACAGAUGUUGGCACUGGCUAGGGCAAUGUUAAGGAGCACAAAAGUCAUAAUUCUUGAUGAAGCAACUGCAUCAAUUGAUUUCGCAACUGAUUUUUUGAUUCAAUCAACUAUUAGAGAGUGUAUGAGUGAUUCAAUGGUGAUAACUAUUGCUCAUCGGUUGUUCACUGUCAUCGACUACGAUAAGCUGAUAAUCUUGGAGGAAGGUCGGAUCGUUGAAUCAGGCUCUCCUAAAGAGUUGAUUCAGGACACUAAUAGUCGGUUCAGGAAGAUGUGUGAAUCUAGUGCUGAUUGGAUCUCUCUCAAGAAUCAGUUACUUUCUUCUUGAGAUACUUUUUUUAUCGUUGUUAAAUGGUCCUUUUUUCCUUAUUAGACAGCCUGCUUCCAUUCAUGUAGUUUCUCAAUCCUUCUCAUUUAUACGCAUAUACGCACCUCUUGCACUUUUUUAAAAAAAAAUCAGUGAUCAGCCUGUAGAAUUUGUUUGGUUUGUUUUAGAAAGUCG